UUUUCUGCAGAACCUUGUCCAAAGCUUGAAGCUUUAAGGGUUCCACGUGCCGAUAUAAGUGGGUUUCUUCCCAAUUUGUUCAUGCCUUGUGUGACAUUGGUCGAUUUCUGAAACUCGAUCUCUUCCCUCUAAUUGAGGUUUGGCCAUUCAUAUUCUUAUGAAAAUACUCACUUCCAUUUGUUUAAUGCAUAACCGUAUGAGGUUUUGUUAAAACGUUGGACGGGGUUUGCUUUCAAAAUUCGGUCUUGUAAGGAUAGUGCAUGGGUUUGAGGAAAUUGUUGAUGUCUUUGUAGAGUGUGUUGUUGUAGUUUUGGUUGGAUUGUGUUUUGAAGAUGAAGAGAACGAAAAGUGAACCCUCCAAUUCGAGGAGGUUUAGAUUUUCUCAUUUUUUGUUUGGCAUUGGGGUGUUGUACUUAAUUUUUAUAUCAUGUAAGUUUCCACAGUUUUUAAGAAUUUUAUCAACGUUAAGUGGGGAUGAGAGUGAUGAUAGAUUGGAUGGGGCAGCUGUGGGGGGCUCUGAAGAUUCAGAUUUAAGCAAGUCUUUUGUGAGUUCUGUUUAUCAAGACGCGUUUCACCGGAGAUUAGAAGAUAAUAGGGACCAGGGUGCCCCCUUGAGGCCAAACAAGGAGCCAAUGAAGGAGGAAGAACAUGGUCCCGAAGCUAUGAAGCAGAUUCCGCUGCGAUAUGGUAGGAUAACUGGGAAAAUCAUGCAGGAACAGAUGAGGGCAAAUGAUUUGCCUGUGCUUGAGAGAAUGGCAGAUGAGGCAUGGUUGUUAGGGGGAAAGGCUUGGAAGGAAGUAGAUAAGGUUGAUGAGGAGUCAGGAGAAAGCUCUAUUCUUGAAGGAAAGCCAGAGUCAUGUCCUUCUUGGAUAUCAAUGAGUGGGGAAGAAUUGGUUAAAGGCGAUAGUUUGAUGUUUCUUCCUUGUGGGCUUGCAGCCGGUUCUUCAAUCACUGUGGUAGGGACACCCCAUUAUGCUCAUAAGGAGUAUGUUCCCCAGCUUGCCAAGUUGAACAGAGGUGGAGGGAUGGUUUCAGUUUCACAAUUCAUGGUUGAAUUGCAAGGGCUAAAGUCAGUGGAUGGGGAGGAUCCUCCAAAGAUCCUUCACUUGAAUCCUCGAAUAAGAGGGGAUUGGAGCAAACAACCAGUUAUUGAGCAUAAUACCUGUUACCGAAUGCACUGGGGAACAUCUCAAAGAUGUGAUGGUCUGCCAUCUGGAGAUGAACAAGAAAUGCUUGUUGAUGGGUACAGACGAUGUGAGAAAUGGAUGCGGAAUGACAUUGUAGACUCAAAAGAGUCCAAGACGACUUCAUGGUUUAAGCGGUUUAUAGGGCGUGAGCAGAAGCCAGAGAUGACCUGGCCAUUUCCUUUAAUAGAGGGUAGAAUGUUUGUCCUUACAUUGCGUGCUGGUGUUGAUGGAUACCAUAUUAAUGUUGGGGGUCGCCAUGUAACAUCAUUUCCAUAUCGGACCGGAUUUACACUCGAGGAUGCUACAGGAUUGGCAGUUAAAGGGGAUGUGGAUGUUCAUUCAAUUUAUGCUACAUCUCUUCCUACCUCCCAUCCAAGUUUCUCACCUCAAAGAGUACUGGAAAUGUCAGAGACCUGGAAAGCCAGACCAUUACCCAAACAUCCUAUUAGACUUUUUAUUGGAGUUCUUUCAGCUUCAAAUCACUUUGCAGAGCGUAUGGCGGUUAGAAAAACUUGGAUGCAAUCAGCUGCAAUCAAGUCGUCAGAUGUAGUAGUACGAUUCUUUGUUGCACUGAAUCCAAGGAAGGAAGUAAAUGCAGUGCUGAAGAAAGAGGCUGCUUACUUUGGUGAUAUUGUCAUUUUGCCCUUUAUGGACCGCUAUGAGCUUGUUGUGCUUAAAACUGUGGCCAUUUGUGAGUUUGGGAUUCAGAAUGUGACCGCUGCAUAUAUUAUGAAAUGUGAUGAUGAUACGUUUAUUAGGGUGGAUACUGUCUUGAAGGAAAUUGAGAAGGUACCCCAGAAAAAGUCCCUUUAUAUGGGCAAUCUCAAUCUCUUGCAUCGGCCUCUGAGAAAUGGCAAAUGGGCUGUCACUUACGAGGAGUGGCCAGAAGAAGCAUAUCCUCCUUAUGCAAAUGGGCCUGCAUAUGUAAUUUCCAGUGAUAUUGUUACUUUCAUCCUAUCACAACACAAGGAUAGGAGAUUAAGGCUGUUUAAAAUGGAGGAUGUAAGCAUGGGAAUGUGGGUGGAGAGAUAUAACAAUACAGUGGGAGGAGUGCAGUAUUCCCACAACUGGAAGUUUUGUCAGUAUGGAUGCAUGGAGGGUUACUUCACUGCACAUUACCAAUCACCAAGGCAGAUGAUCUGUCUAUGGGAUAAAUUGUCAAGAGGUAGACCUCGUUGUUGCAACUUCAGAUAACCAACUUUCCCACUUUGAUUUGCCACUGUAUCUUUGUAUUCUUAAUCCCUUGUGCUGAUCUUAGUGCACCUAGGUUAAUAUUUGGAGAAAUUUACAAUGAUAACAAAAGGUAUUACAAAUUCAAUUUGCAAGAA